GCCGCCUCUGUGUCCCCCUCGCCGCGCUCCGGGUCCGUGUGCCUGGUCCCUGUGCGCCCCGAGGCUCUCCGCCGCCCGCCCGGGUGCGCACCCGCCGCGUCUGCCUGGACGUCUGCCUUCCACCUGAGCCCUUCCUCCGGGGCCCGCCUCCACCCGUCACCUCCUCUUCCGUGCGCCCAGCUUGGUCUCGGGGUCGCACAGUCGAGGGCUGCUCGCGUGGGGCAGGAGAUGCCCCUGGUCGUGGGGGCGCACUCCUCCGCCCUGCUCAGCCGCACCCAGCUUUAAAAGGCGCCCUGAGCAGCCACUCGGGCUCCAGCCAGGAGACCCCGUCGCCUCGGUCCUUGCGGAGACCCUCGACCCAGCUGUUCUCUGAAGGGGCCAAGGCUCGUCUGGUGGCGAGGGUCAUGGCCAAGCCGCGGCUCCUUGUUCUCUGCUUUGCUCUUGUUGUGGCUCUGAGCUGGGGGUCCAGCACUCGCCCCACAGGGACAAGUGAGCCCCUAGAUGAGCCGACGGCGGCACCCACGGAGGACGACUUCCUGCAGAACGAGGCCGACAACCAGGAGAACGUUUUGUCCCAGUUGCUGGGAGACUAUGACAAGGUCAAGGCCGUGUCUGAGGGUUCAGACUGUCAGUGCAAGUGCGUGGUGAGACCCCUGGGCCGAGAUGCCUGCCAGAGGAUCAACGCGGGGACCUCCAGGAGGGAAGACUUCUACACCGUGGAAACCAUCACCUCGGGCUCGUCCUGCAAGUGUGCCUGCGUGGCGCCCCCGUCCGCCCUCAAUCCCUGCGAGGGAGACUUCAGACUCCAGAAACUGCGGGAGGCCGACGGCCGCGACUUGAAGCUCUCCACAAUCGUAGACAUGCUGGAAGGAGCUUUCUAUGGCCUGGAUCUGCUGAAACUGCAUUCGGUCACCACCAAACUGGUGGGGCGAGUGGAUAAACUGGAGGAGGAAGUUUCUAAAAACCUCACCAAGGAAAAUGAACAAAUCAAAGAGGAUGUGGAAGAAAUUCGAACAGAGAUGAACAAGCGAGGCAAAGGGAAUUGCUCCAAUACCAUCGCAGAGAGCAUGCCAGACAUCGGCUCAGCCCUGCAGAGGGACGCGGCCGCAGCCUACGCCCACCCAGAGUAUGAAGAGCGCUUUCUGCGGGAGGAAACCGUGUCCCAGCAGAUCAACGCCAUCGAGCUCCUGCGGACGCACCCCCUGGCCCCGCCAGACGUGGCGAAGUCACAGCGGACCCUGCACAGGCAGGUCCACCUGAGGGGCCACGCAGCCUCCAAGCCCACCGUCAUCCGGGGCAUCACCUACUACAAAGCCAAGGUCCCUGAUGAAGAGAAUGACAUCGAAGAGCACCAAGACGAGUUGUUCAGCGGCGACAGUGGAGUGGAUUUGCUGAUCGAAGACCAGCUCCUGAGACACAGCGAGCUGCUGACCAGCACCACACAGAGGUCCGCAGCCGCCCAGCCCGGCACCGCGGGGACGGCUGGCCACAGCCCCCCAACCACACCCUCGUCCUCCGCCCAGCCACCGGCCUCCCCCUCAGCCGCCGGCCUCCCUGCCCCUGCUCUCCAUGCCUCGGCUGAACAAGAGCUCUCGGCAACACUCCACACCUCCUCCGUGGUCCUCCCAGAUCCCAUCAAGGAGGCGGCCCUUCAACCUUCGAAUCAGGGGCUGGCCACCACCGUGGCCCACACAGCUGCCCCGCCACCUCCGGCCUCGGCUUCCCCAGCAGCGGUUCCUGGGGAUGCACUUGAGGAAGCCACACACGUGGCCCCAGCACCUCCUGCCACCGUCAGGACAGACCCUGCUGCCAGCGCCACCCUGAGCCCCGAGGAAGAAGACGACAUCCGCAGCAUCGUAGGAAGGUGCAAGGACACCCUCUCCACCAUCACGGGGCCGACAACCCAGAACACGUACGGGCGGAAUGAAGGGGCCUGGAUGAAGGACCCGCUGGCCAAGGACGAGCGGAUCUAUGUGACCAACUAUUACUAUGGCAACACCCUGGUAGAGUUCCGGAACCUGGAGAACUUCAAACAAGGUCGCUGGAGCAACUCCUACAAGCUCCCGUAUAGCUGGAUCGGCACCGGCCACGUCGUGUACAACGGUGCCUUCUACUACAACCGGGCCUUCACCCGCAACAUCAUCAAGUACGACCUGAAGCAGCGCUACGUGGCUGCCUGGGCCAUGCUCCACGACGUGGCCUACGAGGAGGCCACGCCAUGGCGGUGGCAGGGCCACUCGGAUGUGGACUUUGCUGUGGAUGAGAAUGGCCUGUGGCUCAUCUACCCGGCCCUGGACGAUGAGGGCUUCAGCCAGGAGGUCAUCGUCCUAAGCAAACUCAAUGCCGUGGACCUGAGCAUGCAGAAGGAGACCACGUGGCGCACAGGGCUCCGGCGGAACUUCUACGGCAACUGUUUCGUCAUCUGCGGGGUGCUGUAUGCCGUGGACAGCUACAACCAGCGCAACGCCAACAUCUCCUACGCCUUCGACACCCACACCAACACACAGAUCGUCCCCAGGCUGCUGUUUGAGAAUGAGUAUUCCUACACUACGCAGGUGGACUACAACCCCAAGGACCGCCUGCUGUAUGCGUGGGACAACGGCCACCAGGUCACCUAUCACGUCAUCUUCGCCUACUGACCCCCUUGUCCCUGCAAACCGAAGUGCAGAGGGGCCGACUGAUUGCACCUUGUGUGUGCGUGUGCGUGUAUGUGUGUGGGUGUGUAUGCGCAUGUGUGUGUGUGUGUGAUGGGUCUGUACUGUUUAAAAAUAUAUUAUUUUGUAUAAUAUUACAAAUGUAAAAUGACAGUUGGGGUCUAUUUUUUUUUAUAUGGGUUGUAGAUCAACCCAUACGUGUAUGUGCUGGUCUCAUCCUCCACAGGUUCUAUUUUUGUGCAGGUGAACUUCUCCUUCUGACCAGUGACCGCCUUCCUUCAGGCCCCCUACCCCUGCAGCUCCGGGAAGCCCACCAUUGAACAGCUUUCUGCAGGUGCACCGCAUCAGGAGCAGCAGCGGAGGGGGCCAGAAAGAAGUGCCAAGUGGCGGGGAAAAAGUUUUAUCUAUUGGAGAAGUUUGAAAAAAACCCAGAAAAAAAA